AUGGUUCCCAUCACUCUGGAUGAAGCACAGAAACACUCAGAGCUUGCUGUGUCCUCUGACCGGAGAACAGUCGAGCACAAGCCCUCCACUCAGAUGCCCAUCAGGGAGCACCAGCUCCCUGUUGUGGUGGGGAGGGAGGGCUUUGGCUCUGGGCGUCAUUACUGGGAGGUGCAGGUGUGGGGUGGGCUGGACUGGGAGCUGGGGGUGUUGACAGAGGCUGUGAGGGAGACACUGCGAGAGAGGAGGUGGGAAGACCUCCCUGAGGAUGGGGUCUGGUCACUGAGAAGAGUGAACGGGGAGUACUGGCCUGUGGAGGCCAAGGCCAAGAUGCAGAGUGGUACUGUCCCACUAAAAGUGGUUGGGCUGCACUUGGACUUUGAGCACAGCACACUGUCCUUCUACAACAUCAGAAAUUCAGACU